UCUGCUGUUUCAAUCGCUGUAGGAAAGAGAAAAACUUAAAAUUUUUUAAACGAGCUCGCAAUGUUGACGUUUGUGAAGUCUGUGUUCUUGGCACGGAAAUUGUGUGUGGCCAAUCCUGCUCUGGCCAGCCAGGUGGUUCGCAGCAUGGCUGGAUGGAACAAGGACUACAAGCCAGCCCCCUUCCCAAAGACAGAGAAGGAGCGCGAGGCAGCCGCUAAGAAGUAUUAUCUUCUGCCCGAAGAGUACAAGCCCUAUGCCGACGAUGGUUUGGGCUAUGGCGACUAUCCGAAGGUUGGCGGCGGCCUAGGUGUGGAGAAUAAGGAUAGCUACUAUCCCUGGGAUUAUCCCGAGCACAAGCGCAACCUCCACGAGCCCAUCUCGGCGGAUCAUGACUUGUAUAGCGAAGACCGCUACUCACAGGCCGAGAAGCCGCGCUAUAGCACCUCGUACUACGUCUUGAGCUUUGUGGGUGUCAUGUCCGGCUGCCUCGCCCUCUACUACUGGCUGGAGGACAAGAAAAUGUAUCGUCCUGUGGCAGCCAAGCAAUACCCUGGUGAUGGUGUCAAGCACUACACCUUUGAGAAGUAACUGUUUGGGAGAUCUACUCAUCCGAUCGCCGGCUUUGCGGUGCUUAGUCCUUUCUACUUCUUAGACAAUUUAUCCAUGCAUCUGUAAAAUUAAACUGAAAAACCUAUCGGAGUACGAAUGUA